GUUGUGUCAGGUGGAAACGGGGACCUCUAUGGAUAUCAUCAUCACCCUUCACCGGCUCGCAUCUUUAGCACCGACAGCAUCUCCCGGCCGGCGGUCACCGCUGCAGGCACACGGCGCCCUUUUUAUGCGCCAAGGCGUUGAAUUUCCACGGUAGAGGCUCCCCGGGCUGCCUCUGUAAUUACCCUGACAAACUGCUUCUUCCUGAAAUAAGGACUAAUCGAGGGAAGACCCUGCUGGAAUAAAAGCGGAGCGUCAGUUUCCUCCAUUGAUAAACCGCUCUCCUCAUCGAUUCAGCCCAACGACGUCUUGGUGUAAGAGGAGGACAAAACCAAUCCGAAAAACGGACACUGAAGCUGAAGGGCGUCGGGCGCGAUGGCUAAUGCCUCCCCAGACCUGGACAACGCGGAAGCCCAGCGCCAGCUUAACAACAACAACCGACCAAGCAGCUCGGGAUUCUGGGAGACGGAGUGCACCAGCUCCAAGCUGUUUGAGUGCUCCCGCAUCAAGGCCCUCGCAGAUGAACGAGAUGCAGUACAGAAGAAGACUUUUACCAAGUGGGUUAACUCCCAUUUGGCCAGAGUGUCUUGUCGAAUAGCUGACCUCUACAACGACCUAAGAGAUGGAUACAUGCUCACCAGACUGCUGGAGGUCCUCAGUGGAGAGCUGCUGCCGAGGCCUACGCGGGGUCGUAUGCGGAUCCACUGCCUGGAGAAUGUUGACAAAGCUCUUCAGUUCCUUAAAGAACAGAGAGUUCACCUGGAAAACGUUGGCUCCCAUGACAUUGUGGAUGGAAACCACCGUCUCACCCUGGGCCUUAUGUGGACCAUCAUCCUACGCUUCCAGAUCCAGGUGAUCAAAAUAGAGACGGAGGACAACAGAGAAACUCGCUCCGCCAAGGAUGCCCUGCUGCUCUGGUGCCAGAUGAAGACCGCAGGGUACCCUGAAGUCAACAUCCAGAACUUCACCACCUGCUGGAGAGACGGCCUUGCCUUCAACGCCCUCAUACACAGACACAGACCGGACUUGAUAGAGUUCCACAAGCUGACGCGGUCCAAUGCAACCCACAACCUCCAGCAAGCCUUCAACAUCGCUGAGCAGCACCUGGGUCUCACCAAACUCCUAGACCCUGAGGAUGUGAACACAGAGAACCCAGAUGAAAAGUCCAUCAUCACCUAUGUGGUCUCCUACUACCACUACUUCUCCAAAAUGAAGGCUCUUAUUGUGGAGGGCAAGAGGGUUGGCAAGGUACUAGACAAUUGUAUCGAGGCAGAGAAGAUCAUCAACCGCUAUGAGGCUCUGGCGUCAGACCUGCUGGACUGGAUAGAAAAGACUAUCGCGGUCAUCAGCAACCAGAAGUUUGCCAACUCGCUGACUGGAGUUCAGCAGCAGCUACAGGCCUUCACAACCUACUGCACCAUAGAGAAGCCCAUCAAGUUUCAGGAGAAAGGGAAUCUAGAAGUCCUUCUUUUCACCAUCCAAAGCAAGCUCAGAGCCAACAACCAGAAACCUUUCGUGCCUCGUGAUGGGAAGCUCAUCUCAGACAUCAACAAGGCCUGGGAGAGGCUGGAGAAGGCAGAACAUGAAAGGGGCGUGGCUUUGCGCAAGGAGUUGAUUCGUCAGGAGAAGCUGGAGCUGCUGGCUCAGUGCUUUGACCACAAAACCACCAUGAGACAAGCCUGGCUCAAUGAGAACCAGAGACUUGUAUCGCAGGACAAUUUUGGCUAUGACCUACCAGCAGUCGAGGCAGCAAUGAAGAAACACGAGGCCAUCGAGGCAGACAUAGCCUCAUAUGAGGAGCGAAUUGGCGUGGUAGUGGAACUUGCUGCAGAGAUGGAGUCUGAAGGAUACUAUGAUAUCCGGCGAAUCUUGGCACGAAAGGAGAACAUUCUGGGCCAGUGGAGUCUGCUGAAGGAGCUGGUUGCUGGGAGAAGGACCCGGUUAGAGAAGAACCUGGCCCUACAGAAGACUUUUCAGGACAUGGUCUACAUGAUUGACUGGAUGGAGGACACACAGGUUCAGCUUCUGUCGAAGGACUUUGGGAAGCAUCUUUUGGAGGUGGACGACCUGCUGCAGAAACACAGCCUGCAAGAAGCUGACAUUGCAGUCCAGGCUGAGAGAGUCGAGACACUCAACACCGCUGCACUCAAAUUCACCACUAUAGAGGGUUAUCAACCGUGUGACCCACAGGUGAUCUGUAACCGUGUCAACCAUGUCUCUUCCUGUCUGGAGGAGCUGAAACAACUUGCAGCUAAAAGACGAGAUGAACUUGAGGAGUCAAGACAACUGUGGGCUUUUUUUCAGGAGCUGGAGGAGUCAGAGGCCUGGAUCAGGGAGAAGAGCUCCAUCCUGGGGGCUCAGGGUUACGGGAAGGACCUGAGCAGUGUGCUGAAGUUACUACAAAAACAUAAGACUCUGGCUGGAGAACUGCUGGCUCACCGGUCGCUGCUGCAGAACACCAUGAAACGAGGAAAACAGAUCCUGAGCGAGAAGAGCUUUGGCACAGCAGGGAUCCAGGAGCACAUUAUGGAGGUGAAGAGCGAGUGGAAGAAGCUGGAGGACCAGGCAGCGCAGCGUCUUGGUCACCUCCAGGAGGCGCUUAACUUUUUUCAGUUCUCCACUGAGACAGACGAUCUGGUGGCAUGGCUGCAGGACGCUUACCGCCUGGUCUCCAGCGAAGACUUUGGGCAUGAUGAGUACUCCACCCAGUCUCUUCUGAAGAAACACAAAGGGGUCAGCGAGGCUGUUGACAAACAUCGUCUACAUGUAGUGUCAUUGCGGAAGCACAUGGUGGCGCUGCCUCUGCAGUACCGUGAACAGGAGGAGGUGCAGAUGCGUAUGGGGGAGGUGGAACAGCUGUACACCGAGGUGGCCGAGGUGGCGGUGCUCAGACAGCAGUGGCUUCACGACGCCCUUGCGGUCUACCGCAUGUUCAGUGAGGUCAAUGCCUGCGAGCUCUGGAUUGAUGAGAAGGAGCAGUGGUUGGACAAGAUGGAGAUCCCAGAGAGACUGGAGGACGUGGAGGUGGUGGCACACAGGUUUGAGAGCCUGGACCAGGAGAUGAACAGCCUAAUGGGAAGGAUCUUGGACGUUAACCAGAUAGUUCAGCAGCUCCUGGAUGGAGGCCAUCCAUCCUCUGCAGAGGUUAGAGGAUGUCAGGACCAUCUUAACUCCAGGUGGAACAGCAUUGUGGAGUUGGUUGAGCAGAAGAAAGAUCAGCUGGACUCGAUGUUACGUCUGCAGAACUACCUGCUGGAGUGUGCUGAGAUCAAGUCCCAGAUCCAGGACAAGAGAAAAGCCAUUGACGCCACUCAGUAUGUGGGCAGCGACCUGGGAGGAGUCCUUGCUCUGCAGAGACGUCUCUCCACCAUGGAGGGAGCACUGUCUGUCCUGGAGCCAAAACUGCUGCAUCUACAGGAAGAGGCAGAGCAUUUGGCCACUGCCCACCCAGGUCGGGCCAUGGAGGUUCUCGUGCCGUUUGAUGGCAUUAGUGUGGAGUGGGAGGAGCUGAAACGCACCCUGCAGGGUUGUGAGGACUCGUUGAUGGUGGCUAGCAGGCUGCAGAGCUUCAUACAGGACCUGGACUCUUUCCUCACCUGGUUGGUGCAAACACAGACGGCUGCAGCCUCAGAUCAGCUGCCCAAUGACCUUGAAGAGGCUGAGAGACUCAUAAACAAACAUGCUGCCCUAAAAGAGGAGAUCGGACGGUAUGAAGAGGACUACGAGCGCCUGCAGGCCAUGAACGAGCUGCUGGAGUCUGAGGAGGCUCCUCUCCCGCAGGCCGCUCUGCAGCAGUGGCUUCAGAAGCUUGAUGUCGGCUGGAACAAACUGCUGGAGAUGUGGGAGAGCAGGAGAGAAGUUCUGGUCCAGGCUCACAUUUUCCAUCUAUUCCUGCGAGAUGUCAAACAGGCCGAGUCCUUCCUCAACAACCAGGAGUCAGCGCUCGCUCACGUGGAGCUGCCAACGACAGUGGAAACAGUUGAAGCCGCCAUAAAGAAACACAAGGACUUCACUACCACCAUGGAGCUGAACCUGCACCGGAUCAAAGCUGUGAUCGAGGCUGGAGAGAGUCUGAUCAGCCAGAGUAACAUCUACUCCGAGCGCAUCAAGGAACGCAUCGACACCCUCGCCAACAGGGGAAACCAGAACAGAGAGCUGGCCCAGCAGUGGCUGGAAAAACUGAAUGACCAGUGGGAACUCCAGAGGUUUCUUCAGGACUGUCAUGAGCUGGGGGACUGGGUGUGUGAGAAGAUGCUGAUGGCGAGGGACAGCAGCCGUGACGAGACCCAGAAGCUUCAUAAGAAAUGGCUGAAGCACCAGGCAUUCAUGGCCGAGUUGGCCCAAAAUAAGGAAUGGCUGGACAAAAUUGAAAAGGCAUCGUGCAUGUGUGCGUGCCUCUAUUACCUCAUUCCCACCGCAAGAGGGCAGAAGUACAGGUGGAACAGCAUUGUGGAGUUGGUUGAGCAGAAGAAAGAUCAGCUGGACUCGAUGUUACGUCUGCAGAACUACCUGCUGGAGUGUGCUGAGAUCAAGUCCCAGAUCCAGGACAAGAGAAAAGCCAUUGACGCCACUCAGUAUGUGGGCAGCGACCUGGGAGGAGUCCUUGCUCUGCAGAGACGUCUCUCCACCAUGGAGGGAGCACUGUCUGUCCUGGAGCCAAAACUGCUGCAUCUACAGGUAGUAAAUUAUGGGAAAAUACGUUGA